AUGAACAAGUGGCUCCGUCCAGCGCUGAGAACGACUUUGCGGCUCUGGCGGCGCCAAUGGAGCGCGGAAGCGACAAGCGGUGCGUCUGUGUCAACAGGGGCCAGUUCGCCGUCGAGUGAAGAGGCCGGACGCGUGACACUCAACUUCUUCUGCCCGCACCAGGUGAUAGCGAAAAAUCGACAGGUGGUUUCCGUGAUUGUUCCGGCUGCGUCUGGUUUGAUGGGAAUUCUGCCGAACCACGUUCCGACUGUGGCGCAGAUGCGCCCCGGUGUGGUGACGAUCAUCGGCGACGGCGGCGCCGAGGAGCGAUAUUUCGUCAGUAGCGGCUUUACGUUUGUGCACCCGGAUCGCACCGAUAUUUGUGCCGUGGAGGCUGUGCGAGUCUCAGAUAUUGAUCCAGAGGAGGUAUCCAAGGCGCUGGCGGACUGCGAGGCUAAACUGGCUUCGUCGUCGUCGUCGGCAGCAGCGGGCACUGCCGAGGCGCAGCGAGCUGCAGUCGCGCAAAUCGGCGUUGACGUGUACCUGGCUAUGCAGGGUGUGGUUUCCGGAACCCGCUAG